ACUGGUUCUGACUGACUAACUGUGAUCCAGCAGGUUCAUCUCCAGUUCUACAUGAGGACCUUGCUAUGCAUGGCUGUUCAGACUCUGAUGAAGAGGAAAUGUACACUUUGGAAGGUGAAGAGAAGUGGUACGCUGACUUCAAGAAGGUAGCAGGAGUCUACCCUCACCCAUAGAUCCUAUCAGAUACCAGGAAGAAGUUUAUGAACAAGCUGUGGUGAAUCAACAGGUCUGCAGACACAACCUGAAAGUCUGGCGCAGUGGCAUGAAGGACCUCCCAGAUGAAAAAGAGAUCAGCUGCUACAUUUCCUGGUUCCUCUCGUUACACGUCUGAAAGAUUUAGGAUCGCUGAGCUGACCACACAAGCUGCUGCAGAUCAGUAAGUAACAAACUGGUGUUUGGAUUCUUGUGGGAAACAUCUACAGGAGGAAUAGAAACACUUGUGUGGUUGAGAAGUGAAAUGGCUCAGAGAGGAAAUCAGAUUGAUUCAAGAAAAUUCUCCUGUUCCAUCUGUUUGGAUCUACUGAAGGAUCCAGUGACUAUUCCCUGUGGACACAGCUACUGUAUGAACUGUAUUAAAGAUCACUGGGAUGGAGAAGAUCAGAAGAGAAUCCACAGCUGUCCUCAGUGCAGGAAAGAGUUCAUACCGAGACCUGUCCUGGAGAAGAACAUCAUGUUAGCAGAGUUAGUGGAGGAUCUGAAGAACACUGGACUCCAAGCUGCUCACUGCUAUGCUGGACCUGAAGAUGUGGCCUGUGAUGUCUGCACUGGGAGGAAGAUGAAAGCUGUGAAGUACUGUCUGGUCUGCUUAGCCUCUUUUUGUGAGAAACACCUCCAACCUCAUUAUGAGUCUCUAACAUUUAGGAAACAUAAACUUGCUGAAGUUUCUGCAAAGCCCCAACAGAACAGCAGCUCUCGUCAUGAUGAGGUGAUGAAGAUCUUCUGUCGUACUGAUCAACAGUGUAUCUGUUAUCUCUGCUCUAUGGAUGAACAUAAAGGUCAUGAAACAGUCCCAGCUGCAGCAGAAAGGACUGAGAAGCAGAAGGAGCUCCAGGUGAGUCAACAACAAAUCCAGCAGAGAAUCCAGGACCAAGAGAAAGAUCUGAAGCUGCUUCAACAGGAGGUGGAGGCCAUCAAUGUCUCUGCUGAUAAAGCAGUGAAGGACAGUGAGAAGAUCUUCACUGAGAUGAUCCGUCUCAUCCAGAGAAGAAGGUCUGAUGUGACGCAGCAGAUCAGAUCCCAGCAGGAAACAGAAGUGAGUCGAGUCAAAGAUCUUCAGGAGAAGCUGGAGCAGGAGAUCACUGAGCUGAAGAGGAAAGAUGCUGAACUGGAGCAGCUCUCAAAGACAGAGGAUCACAACCAGUUUCUCCACAACUACCCCUCACUGUCAGCACUCAGUGAGUCUACACACUCAUCCAGCAUCAAUAUUCAUCCUCUGAGAUACUUUGAGGAUGUGACAGCAGCUGUGUCAGAGCUCAGAGAUAUAUUACAGGACAUCCUGAGAGAUACAUGGACAAACAUCUCAUUGAUGGUCACUGAGGUGGAGGUUUUACUGCCAGGACCGGAACUAACGACCAGAGCUGGAUUCUGUAAAUAUUCACGAGAAAUCACUCUGGAUCCAAACACAGCAAAUAUGAAGUUGUUAUUAUCUGAGGGAAACAGAAAAGUAACAUUAAUGAAACAACAACAGUUUUAUCCUGAUCAUCCAGACAGAUUCACUGGUUAUAAUCAGGUCCUGAGUAGAGAGAGUCUGACUGGGCAUUGUUACUGGGAGGUGGAGAAAAAAGGAGAAGUUCUUAUAACAGUUUCAUACAAGAAUAUCAGCAGAGCAGGGUGGUCAAAUGAAUGUAGGUUUGGAUUUAAUGACAAGUCUUGGUCAUUACGCUGUGACACAAACAGUUACACAUUUUAUCACAACAACAAUCUAACUCCAGUAUCAGGUCCAGUUUCCUCCAGAGUGGGAGUGUACCUGGAUCACAGCGCAGGUAUUCUGUCUUUCUACAGCGUCUCUGAGACCAUGACUCUCCUCCACAGAGUCCAGACCACAUUCACUCAGCCUCUACAUGCUGGAGUUAGGAUUUACCUCUUAUCUUUAUCUCCUGGUAGACCCUCUGCUGAGUUCAUUAAACUGAAAUAGUCAGAACUGAUCUGAGGUCCGGUUGGUUAAAAUGUUUAUUUUAGUUCCAGUUUCUUUAGUCUCCAUCAUUGUUGCUGAGAGCUCAUUGUUGUGUCAUUUCUUCACUGCUCAGAGAUCAGCUGUCUUUAUGGAGCUACUUUGUCAUCUUGUUUGUUGUUUUGUUGAUGUUGGAGUUUGUUUGGGUGCUGCCCCUUCCUGUUUCUGUUCAGCCAUGGACGCUCUCACUGCUCAGGAGGAUUUUUAUUCACCUAAACGAAUUACAUUUACAUUUAUCACUUUGUCUGACCAAAUGUUGUUGUUGUUCAAAUCCAUGUACAGAUGAGUUGAUGGAAACUGUAAUUAUCAUGAUCAUCAUCAAUCAGGACAUCAGUCAUUAUUUUAUUGAACAAACAUCAGAUUCUGGAUCAAACUGAUUGUAGAAAUGAAAAAGAGAAGAAACUACUGGAUUUAAAGGUGCUGGGUUUAGAUUUUAGAUGUAGGAGACUCUGGUGAGUUCUUUAAAACUAUAAACCUCCUACCACUGGUAGGAUUUUCUUGUUGGAUAGAUAUGAUGCCAAUGUACUCUUUGAUCAAUGCAAUUCAAAAUAUUAUGUCAGAAAUCUUUGAAGUAAGAAAACUAACAUCUUUUGACAAAAAUAUCUGUCCUUCUGUUUGGGUGUAAAAAUAUUAGUGAACAAAACUCUGGUUACUUUGAUAUCUCUUGGUUUAUUAUUUUUACAGAAUGAUGUUAAUUGUUUUUCUUUUAGAAUUCAACACAUUUUAAACAGUUGAUCGGUUGUUUUAUUCUGUGCAUAAAGUUGUAUGCUUAUUACCAUUGCUUUAAAUAAAGAAAUAAUUCACAGCU